AUGAAGAAUCUCUUAUCAGGUGUCAGUCAGGUUCGUCUUCCCAUCUGCUCCGAGCUGACCUUCGGCCGCUUACGCUGCCCAAGCGCACGUGACUUUCAGUCGAAGGCCCUCUUCGUUUGGUACGAUUAUUUCUGCUGUCCUCAAGAUAUGUCUUCCAUGGCGACGCGCUGCCGGAAUGGUGCCAUUCGCAGCAUCCCCACCUAUGUAGCAAGAUCUGAGUACUUCGUCAUUUUGUGCCCUCGGGUGGAGCACGCGGAUGAAGGCAAGAGGCUCGACCUCACAACCUGGGCUGCCAGGGGAUGGUGUCGAACUGAACGGCUUGCAAGGGAGCUCUCAGCAAGGAAGCAAGGUUACAGCAUCGAGAUCGAAGGCACCAUGCAGCAAACCUUGAGCAUGGAUAUCUUGAGGAUCUUAGAGGCGCCAGGUCAAGGGCAAUGGUCCCGCGACUCUGACAAGUCCGUCGUUGCGAGCGCAUUGACCCAGAUGAUUUGGAACAAGCUGUUUUACCUCCUUGAGCAAGGUGAUGUGCAUGGCUACAGGUUCCUGCUGAACCGGCAAGUGCCCUGCUUGUACCGUGGUCUGGACAUGGAGCCUGUCGAUGGCCUGGUUCCAGCCUUCACGACGGAGCUGGACCCCUUCGAGGAUGCUCAUGCUUUUGCUCUGGCCAGAUUUUUGCAUCAGAGUGGCUUCCGGACACCCUUAGAACGCCGAUCGGGUUGGUCCCCCCUGUGCUUUGCGGCCAUGAACGGGAGCCCCUUCCUCGUCCGCGCCCUUCUGGCCCAAAAGGCAAAUCCAAAUGAUCGGAUCAGACGGUCGGAGGGAUCUCUUUUUCCAGCGCAAGUGGGCGCCCUUUCCAUCGCGGCCCGAUUCCACAACACAGAGGUCAUGGAGGUACUCUUGCAAGCUCGUGCCUCGCUUGCGAGUACAGACAGGAUUCAGGCUACUGCUGCGCAUUGGGCGAGCCUCGCAAACAAUGCCACUGGCCUGCGCCUUCUGUGCCAGGCACGUGCAGAUCUUCAACGACGAAACAUUGUCGGCAUGAGCGUCUUUCAAGUUGCGUGUUCAAACGGAGCAGUGGACGCGAUGGCAGAGAUCCUGGCUCAGUCGCCCACGACAAGUUUGCGAUUCGGCUUGCACUGGGCACUUCUGUUCUGGGGUGCCUACGCAGCACCGCUGCGCUUCUUGAUAACAGCGAAAGCGGACUUGAAUGAGCCCUUCCACAUUCAGAUCCAAGAACCGGCUUGGUGGGUGAUGCUAAACCUGGCAAGUGCCCGGCACCAAUUAAGCCCAUCAAGCUGGACCCUGCUGGCAUUUCAUCACAAAUGGGCGACGCCCUUGAUGUUUGCCAUCCUGACCCGGAACUUCGAGAGUGCCUUUCUCCUUCUCUCGGCCAAAGCCUCCCUGGAUCUGCAAAACGCUCGCAAGCUGGGAGCCCUCAGCGCAGAGGAGCUCGGCCGGCCAGCAGAAGAUCGGGUCCUGGCGGCUCAAUGCCUCGUAGAGCAACUCCUGUCCAGGACUGGCAAUGUCAACUUCGCAAAGGAAUCGAGGCCUGGUGUCCAGCGCAAGGAGGCCAUGGUCAAGCUUUUCGAGGAGAAUGGGGACUGCGUCCUCCCUGAGACUGCCUGUCCGGGCCUCCUUCCCGGCUCUGUUCCGAAAGGCCUCGGGGCUUCGAACCCCUUCGGGACGGCGCGGCUCAGGGAGAUGGCUCUGGCGCACUUCGAGGGCACCGUGGUGAAGGCUAUUGAUGCUCAUUUCACAACUGGUACCGAUGGUACGGGCUGGACUGCGGAUGAGAGCCUGGCAUUGCGUCACUUUUUGGCUGCGUUGGAGUACCCCUUGAACCCCGAGUACGCGAGCCCCUUGGACGUCCUACGGGCCUGGUCACGGAAAGGAGGAGUUGUCGCUGUGGAGAACACUGUCUUGGGCGGCAGCUGGACACCUGAAGGCUGGAAUGGCAUCCCAGACUGCCGCUUCAUUCCAGACCCGCAUCUUUCACAGUCUGAGUUGGAAGAGUUGGAUUUGGGCUCCGACCGGGGCCGAGCUGAUGAUGCCAUGAGCGGCCCACUGCAGCCGGACGAAGUCAUCGUGGACACCUGCGAAGAGCUCAUCGAGGACGCGAGGACGCUGAGACGCGCGGCCGACACGUCGGAGGUGCCCUUCGUACACGCCUGUGUGCUGGAUCACCUCCUGGCCAGGGCCAGUGAGUUGUGCCGCAGCGGAAUAUUUCGCGCUGCUUCCGGCGUGGAGGUGCUGUCAGGCUUGGGGCAAGUUUUCGAUACCAGCAGCAUCGAAGAUUUUCGGAGAACCACCCCGGUCAAGGAUGUGGAUGUGUUCAUCAGCCAUUCCUGGUCAGCUAACCGAUGGGAGAAAUACGUGGCCAUGUGCUACUUUCUGAACCUCGGUUUGGCGGCAAAGGCGCUGACAGCCUCUGUGGUGCUCUCCGAAGGCUUGAUGCUGAUUAUUCCUGAUAUGUCCAUCCACUUCGUGUUCUGGUUCCUGCUGGACUUCCCAAUUCUUGUCUUCUUCGUGUUCUUCUUCUUGGGGCAGGAGCUCACUUGCGGAGUCUGGGGUCCUCGCUGCUGGGUGGACAGGCUCUGCGUGGACCAAACCGAUGAGACAACAAAGUCUGAAGGGAUCGCAGGCUUGCCCACGAUCGUCGCGAACUCCCGUGAAAUGCUCGUUUUGUGGGACAAGUCAUAUUGCGAACGGCUCUGGUGCAACUUUGAGCUGUCGGUUUUCGUGAAAAGCCGCGGUCUCCAGAAUCUCCGGCUUAUGCCACUGUGGCUCACUCCGUGGCUGCUGACGACCAUGUUGCUCUCUUACGUUUCAGCUCGGCUCGUCGCCGUUUUCACCGAGUCUGAUCCCAGCUUCGUCGUAAGUAACACCAGCGAAUUCUCAGGAGUUGUGGGCAGCGCACUUGCAUUCGGUUUCAAGCGGUUCUGUGAGUAUGCCGUUCUACCCUACAACCUCUUCUGUUUGCCGUCCAUCAUGGUCGGCGUCGUGUCCUUCCAGAAGAAGCUCGAUGGGCACCGCAACAUGCUGGAAAGUCUGAAGUCCUUCAACGUACGAAAUGCCCGAUGUGCUUUGGACAACGACCGUUCCGUCAUCGAGGCCCAAGUGGCAGAGCUCUUCGACGGGCUCGACGAUCCCGUGAUCGCAGUGCCGAUCGAAGUGAAGUCAGGCGAAGAGGAGUGGCAGGAGCUUAUCGAUUCGUCGCUGACCGUCUCAGCUCGUCUUGCUUUGCGCUCUGUGACGGGUCUUGCAACCCACGAAGAUUGCCUGGAAGAGUUCAACAAGUACGUGCAAGGACCAAUGCAUGAUGCAGUUGUUGAAGACCUUGGGAACGUGACUGAUAUAUCUUUUAUGGUCUGUCUGCUGGCCAUGUUUCCCUGGAGCUUGUCUUUUCCUCCUGUUGCUUGGAACGGAAGGCCAUAUCUGCAUGCCCUUGGCUAUGGAUCUGACUUAGAGUAUUUUGCUGUGCAGUUCAUUGAAUGCCUCUUCUUCAUGUUGGUGUACCCUGCAGCAUAUCCCUAUUUGCUUCGAUGUGUCCGAUGUCUCGACAGCAGCCUUGACCUGGGUAUUUUGCGAGCACCCGCAGCCUUCGCCUGCGGAUUCCUGAUCUUCACUCUGCUUCAGAUUGAGAAUUCGUUUGUAUGCGCUUCACUGGAGAGCUUCACAAUCACACGGCACCCAAUUUUCCUUUGCUCCGUCAUGCUUGCAACUGUCGCCGCCAUAUUCCAGCACUACAUGCUCUUCGGUGCAGGAUGGCCACACAAGUCCAGCAGGGAGAUUGCAAUGUAG